AUCUCUGGACUAUUUACAACAGCAGUGACCACGAGAGGAACGUCAGAGAGUUGAAAAUAGGUCAAGGACGAAAAGGAAAGUCAGUUUUAAGAAGGUCACGGAGAGGAGGUGGUCAGGUCUCCAGUAGCAGAAGAACCCACACAGUUUUAAGGAUGAAGGCUGUUCUCGCGUUGCUACUGGUGAUGGCUGCCGGGAUCCUAGCUCAGGACACCCCUAACAUGUCUUAUGACGUCCAUAUUGACAACUCCCAACCACCUGCACAGUCUAUUGGUUCCAUCCUACAUUACGGGCCGCCUCCUGCAGGGGGAACCAGUUUUCAAUACGGACCUCCUCCUCUUCCUCCUCCACAGUCUAAUGACUUGGGUCUUAUGUAUGGCCCUCAGUCUCCCUCUCCCUCAGUAGGGUAUAAGAAGAAGCUUCACUCCUAUGAAAAUGCUCUCUCGCUCUUCGAUGACGAAUGCGGUUACUGGAAGUCCUUGAGCGUGAUCCUUCUAGUGAGCCUCGGUGUGACGAGUCUGGGACUCCUCUUGAAGACGUGGCCACUCCAGAAGAAUCUAUUCGGUAGCGAAGACGCAGUCAACAUGCUCAAAGAUCCAGAGUUUGUGGCCUCCGUCCAGGACAAGAUCAAUGACAUCUCUAGGAUUCUGGCAAGUCUCAAAGAGUCCUCAGAGAACGAUAUUGAAGAGUAACGAGAGAAUUGUGUGUGCUGACAGUGGUUGUCUAUGAUAAUGUAAGACUAAAAACAAGUGAAGACUAUCAAAUGACACAAAAUCUGUAAUGGGAACUAUAAUGACGUUUCGCUCACGCUUUGUGUGCGAAACUGUUAUUAUAACGCAUCCCAUACGACUUUCGUGUCCGGUUCUCCAUCAUAUAGGUACUUUUGUGCAUUUCCAGCUAGGAUUGGGGAUAAAAUUAACCAGUUAACUACGAUUAUCUCACUGUUCUUUAUGUACUUAAUUUACGAUUACUAACGCUUGUCAUUUAUUUAAUAAAAUAGUUUUCGUCUCGUAGACGUUACUGGAAUUCACCCAAUAUUUUUUUUUUUACCUCAUCGGCCGUGUCCCGCCAAGGCAGGGUGACCCAAAGAUGAAAACACAUUCAUCGUCAUUCAUUCUAUCGCUGUCUUUCCAGAAGGAUGCUGACAUCACGGUUCGGAUUAUCCUCCGAUAUCAUUGUGCCCAUCUUUCCCUCAGAGUGCAGGCACUGCCAUCCCACUGGCUAACCGGUUUCACUAGAACACAAGAAGGAACACUGCAGCAGGCCUACUGACCCAUGCGAAGCAGGUCCAUGUCACCCUGCGGCAUAGCCCAAUGACCCACCUAGUCAGGUCACUUCUCUUUAAGGAAGGAACACGGCAUCAGACCUAGUAGCACAAGCUAGUCAGGUCCAACUCACACCCACUCACACUCCAACAGCACGUUCAUUAAAAAUCACUUUUGUCUCCAUUCACUCGUAUCGAACACUCACACAAGCCCCGAAUCUCAAAGCCUCUUUUAUGGCGUCCCUCCGAUCAUUCCUGGAACGACUUUCCUUCCCCACGACCCUCUGUGUCAUGCAUUUCUACUUCACUGUUUCUACAAGCCCAAACCACCUCAAGAACCUCCACACACCACACAUAACUAUCAAACAUAACAUGAAAUAAAUAUAAUAAGAAGAAUAAGAAGAAGAAAGGGAAGAACAUGUUGAGUCAGGCCUUAAUAUUUAUAUUUUGUCGGAGCAACUUUCCUCAUACUCGUAUUUUAUUGAGCGUAUAGCUGUAUAGCCCUUGUGGCUUAGCGCUUCUUUUUUGAUUAUAAUAAUAAUAAUUGAGCGUAUAAUUUGCAAUUCGUUCAAUUUGCUUUGUUGCAGUGAAAAACAUACACAUUAUACACUUUACACAACAUGUAGGACAAAUAUACAACCCGAGUUUAAGACAAUAAUGUUUAUUAUACAUCAUAACUUGUACACUAACAAAGUGCAACAAUAAAUAUAUUAUAAAAAUAAAAAUAAAAAAAUCGGCCAUUAAGUCGCCUCACUCCUCAUGUUUACGUCCAUUUUUUUAAUUUAAAUAUGCGUGCAUAAAAUUUUCUUACAAAUAUUAAGUAAAAAUAUUCCGAGUUAUAUUCACCGUGAGAUGUAUGUCUCUCAGUGUAUAUACACCGAGCAUCUACUUAUUUAAAGCCGUAUUUUAGGGAUUAAAGUCUUCUUUAGGGGUAUUGUAUUGUCGACAGUCAUUAAAUAUAAUAAAAUAACCAUACCUAUUUAUAUAUGUUUAUAUAUAUUCGCCAUGAUUACGUUAAAGUGCAGUGAAUACUUGUCACCGUUAAAGAAAACCCAUAAGUAGACUAGGAAUACACAUUAAUGAAAUUUAGAUAUUUCGACCUCCAGCUAAGGUCCUCUUCAGAAGAAUGUGCAAGUGAUAGAAGAAGACAGGUUUAUGCAACAAAGUGUAACUUGCUCAAAAAAUAUAAUUAUUGCGAAAUGAAGAGUAUCUGAGAGACCAGAUGAGAACAAACCAGCUGGUACUGAUCCUACUGUAAGAGACCAAGUGAGCACAGACCAGCUGGUACUGAUGCUACUGUAAGAGACCAAGUGAGCACAGGCCAGCUGGGACUGAUCCUACUGUAAGAGACCAAGUGAGCACAGACCAGCUGGUACUGAUCCUACUGUAAGAGACCAAGUGAGCACAGGCCAGCUGGUACUGAUCCUACUGUAAGAGACCAAGUGAGCACAGACCAGCUGGUACUGAUCCUACUGUAAGAGACCAAGUGAGCACAGGCCAGCUGGUACUGAUCCUACUGUAAGAGACCAAGUGAGCACAGACCAGCUGGUACUGAUCCUACUGUAAGAGACCAAGUGAGCACAGGCCAGCUGGUACUGAUCCUACUGUAAGAGACCAAGUGAGCACAGGCCAGCUGGGACUGAUCCUACUGUAAGAGACCAAGUGAGCACAGACCAGCUGGUACUGAUCCUACUGUAAGAGACCAAGUGAGCACAGGCCAGCUGGUACUGAUCCUACUGUAAGAGACCAAGUGAGCACAGGCCAGCUGGUACUGAUCCUACUGUAAGAGACCAAGUGAGCACAGGCCAGCUGGUACUGAUCCUACUGUAAGAGAUCAAGUGAGCACAGGCCAGCUGGUACUGAUCCUACUGUAAGAGAUCAAGUGAGCACAGACCAGCUGGUACUGAUCCUACUGUAAGAGACCAAGUGAGCACAGGCCAGCUGGGACUGACCCUACUGUAAGAGACCAAGUGAGCACAGGCCAGCUGGUACUGAUCCUACUGUAAGAGACCAAGUGAGCACAGGCCAGCUGGUACUGAUCCUACUGUAAGAGACCAAGUGAGCACAGGCCAGCUGGUACUGAUCCUACUGUAAGAGACCAAGUGAGCACAGACCAGCUGGUACUGAUCCUACUGUAAGAGACCAAGUGAGCACAGGCCAGCUGGUACUGAUCCUACUGUAAGAGACCAAGUGAGCACAGGCCAGCUGGGACUGAUCCUACUGUAAGAGACCAAGUGAGCACAGGCCAGCUGGGACUGAUCCUACUGUAAGAGACCAAGUGAGCACAGGCCAGCUGGUACUGAUCCUACUAACAGCUAAGAUAACGUCCUGCUAGAAGUACUGAAGAGAAACACAGGUGUACAAGAAACUUUGUAACAACGAUCUAUCCUGUGUAGAGCGAAACGUUGUUUAUCAUAACUUAAUCAAAUUUUUCAAGAAUGUGUUGACGAAACUCUACAAAGGGCGAAAUGUUGUCACCAUGAAAGCUUCUUCUGAACCUGUCUCAUUUAUGCUAAUAGAGUCCUACUCUAUGUAAUAAAGACACUCGUGAACAAAAAAACACUUUAGCAGCAAACUUUUCGCUCACCGAGAGCUUUGUCAGGUGAAAUGCAUAUAUCAGGUUGCUGUAGCCAGUCCAUCUAUAGGUGACAGGCUGCUGUAAUAGAUCGAGCGAUAGACAGAAUUUGGCAUAAGUUUCCCUGUGCAGAAUUAUACUAACAUAAUAAAUAAUAUUUGACACGCAGAUUAAAUAUUUAAAAAAAUGAACAGA